AAAUAGGCGCCCGAGUCUCCGCCAUACUCCAUAGCGGUAUAUCGUAUCUCGCUCGUGACGACUACGCGACGCUUACCGACGCUCGGCGUCGUUUUUAUUGAUGAAUUUCUGUAAAUAACGUUCGAAAAUAGUGUAAUUACAACCGGGCACGCAGUUUCGGGAGUGGAAAAUGGAGAACAGACCGGCACCGCUUAGAUCUAGGCGGGUAUGUCGAUUCUGCCUGACAGAGUCCGAGCCACUUAGCUUCAUCUACGAAAAGGACCACAGCAAGCCGUUCCAGGUGCCGCUUACCCUGCAAAUCAUGUCGUGCGUCGCUAUCGAGGUGUACGCUGCGGAUGGAAUGCCUCAGAUGAUAUGCAGUGUUUGUCGCUGGAAUCUUGAUCGUUCUUACAAAUUCAAAAUCCAGUGUAAGAAGGCUGAUGAGGCGUUGAGAGCUUAUCCCGUGUCAGGAGUAUUGCCUCGACCAUUUCCGGCUUUACCAAGUUACCCGCCGGACGUUGGUAACAACAAAACACCUGAUCAACGAUCCCAGAAUGACCAGUCGAAGAAACCUAGAUUGGAGGAAGGUGAGAGGGAAAGACGAGAACGGGAAAGGGAUUGGCAGUCCGACAAGCAAUCUGAUAACAUGGACCAUCACGACAUGUACGAUGAGCAGGAUGGAGGUAGCGAUGGAGGAAAUGAGAGUCCGAACGAGAAAGAUGGUAGGAAACUAGAACCGGGAGAGAUAAGAGUUCACGCUUGCGAUCAGUGCGACAGAACAUUCCCUCUGAGACAAGCUCUUCAGCUUCAUAUUCAGAGAGCUCACAGAGACCGGAACUACAAGUGUACCGAAUGCGACAAGCUCUUCUUUACAAAAUACGAUCUGUCCAAGCACGCGACCACUCAUUCGGAAGUAAAACCGUUCACAUGUCAGAUCUGUCAUAAACAGUUUGCCAGAAUCAGUCUACUGCAACGUCACGAAAAGAUCCACAGAGACGAGCUGAGAUAUGGAUGCCAGCAUUGCGACCGAGAAUUUUUCAACACCGACGAUCUUGAAAAACACGAGGCAACGGUACACAAAUCUGUAAAGCCUUACCAGUGUAACAUUUGUAACAAGAGAUUCACUUACAAACAAGGUCUGGAGCGUCACGAACUACUGCAUAGCGAUGACAAGAACUUUAUUUGCGAGUACUGCAAGGAGGCUUUCAGGUCCAGCACCAAAUUGGCUAAACAUCUGACAACUCAUGCUGGACAUAGGCCUUUCCUGUGCAAAUUGUGCCCGAGAUCCUUCCUGCUCUCUCAUCAUCUGACGAGACACAUGAGAACUCAUUCCGUUGAGAAACCUCACGCAUGCGAGGAGUGCGGCAAAGCCUUCAAACGCAAAGAAAGCUUGGAAGUGCAUCAGCUGACGCACGCCAAACGUGGCAUGGGGCUGACAUGUGAAAUAUGCCAGGAAUCGUGUAGAAAUAGAGCCGAUUACGUUACCCAUAUCAAACAGCACAUCGAGGCAGGUGAAAAGAUGGGUCCUGAUGGAUUAAGGCCAGAAAUUCGGAAAGAGAAAAUUGAUUCCGAGUCUGAGGAGGAAGAGGAAGAGGAGGAGGAUACUGACGGUGAUGAUGAUUACGAACCACCUGCAUCUGUCACGAAAAAGAUUCCAAAGCAUGAGCCGCCAGAGAGUGACGAAGAGAUGGAAAAGUCAGAUAGAAAAGAACAAGUUGUUUACGUGAGGAACAAGGAUGGAAAUUUAGUGAAGAAGACAAUUAAGACAUUGAUGCCCAUUCACAGAAGGGAAAUCCAGGAUGUUAAGGGUAGAUCCACUCCCAGUGGUUCACAGUCUGCUAAAAUUGUAUCAACUAAAUCAGAAGUGAGAUCUGUCAGCUCGGACAGUGAAUCAACUCCGAAGCUUCGUACCCAGCAUCGAAUGGAUGACACCGAGGCUGAGGUACAAAAGAUAGUCGCAUCUGUUUUCAAAGAACACAAGAUACCCUUCAAACAUCAAAACAUUCCACAGGAACAGUCCAAAGAUUCACCAACGACUGCUAACCUCGGUCAAUCUCGCUCUCAGCAUGGGACACCGGCUUCAGCGUCCAAUCAGUUGUCAACGAGUAACGUAGCUGGUCCAACUCCAAAGGAUGAAGUCUCAAAAACAGAUGCCUUGUCCGCUACUCCAAAAUCUGUCAAUACCGUUAAAGUUAUAAAGCGAAUAGUUGUCAGAAAAGGUGGCGCCGAAGGAGCUCAGGCUCUUGCAUCAAGUAUCAAAGAAAGCGAAACUCCGACGAGCACACCAGGGAGCGCAACUAAAGUUACAAAGAGAGUCAUCGUGCGAAGAAUUAUCAGACAAGGGGAUACUACACGCGAAGUAAUUAUGAAUCCGGACGGAACAAUUCUUGACCCAGCAGAGCUUGCAAAAUUGCCGACAAGAAAUGUUGUUAAGCGAGUGGUUGUGAAGAAACCGAAGGAUAAACUUGACAUUCAAGGACACACUUUGCUACAGGUUGCAGAAGACCUCCAACAAUCUGUGACGCUGAAAACCAGCACUUUGGAAUCUAAAUUGACAGAUCCGAAAUUUGAAUUGAAAACUUCUCAAUUGGCAACAAGCACUUCUCAAGGUGACGUGAAGCCGUCGAGUACCCAACUAAAAUCAUCCGAUGGUAAAACAGUGCUAAAAGGAUCAGAUAUGCCAGUAACAUCGACAGACGAAAAUGAAGAGAAUCCAGAAAGUACGAAAGUGAAAUUGGAGAAGCUUGAGAAACGUGUGGAACAGCAAAGAUUGAAAAUUGAAGAGUUGCAAGCACGUAAAAAUCAAGAAGUAGAGUCCGUCGAAGACAUGCUGCCCGAAAGACAAGACGAAUCUGAAGAGGAACAGCAACUGCCUCUAAAACGAGUCUUCGUUAAAAGAAAGCAAAGCGUUUUUGAUGAAGAGAAGGAGUAUGACAGUGAUGAAAAAGAUAUUGUCACUAUAAAAAAAGAAAAACUAUCACAAGACAGUGUUUCAACAUUAGAAAUGCCAAAGAGAGAUUAUAAGAAACCAAUCGUAACGAGCACUUCCAAGGUCUACGGUAACAAAAAGAUUAUUCUGGUGAAAACAGAGGAAUCGCAACAUGUUGACGACAAUUCGAUGAGCCGUGAAUUAAGCAGCAUUCUUGACUCUUCAGAGAAUGUGAUGAAAAUGCAAGAUAAUGUCUUGGGUAAUUUCAGUCAAAUAUCCGCACUCGAAGAAAAUAUAGAAUUAAAAUUGGAGGGCGACAAGUCGAUGGAAGAGGAUCCUACCGAUACCCAAGAAGCGGCGAAAACAGUUGAAGAUAAAACUCGAGAGUCAUUGUUAGAAGAUCUACAAGCUGGCGAUAAGAGUGAAGAUGAAAUAAUGCACACUCAAGACGAAACUGGGGAUAUGGUAGAAAUCCAAAUCAGUGAAAGUACCGUAGGUAACGAAGAGACUCAGCCAGAUUCUUCACUGUCUCUGGAUGGUCAGGAAGGUACCGAACCAGCAGAGGUCUUUGUUGGUUCAGAUUCUGGAUUGCAUCAUCCAAAAACAGAAGUUCCAGAGCUAGAGGAGUCUGUAAUCGAGUUAGCAGAUGAAACAAUCAAUUUGCACGAUUCAAAUGAAACACAGGAUAGCAUUGAGGAUAAGUUAUCACAACUCGAUAGUUAAGAAAAUAUUGACGUCUAAAGAUUUUGGAUUAAGGUUUGAAUUAAGAUUAUUAUUCUAGGAUGACAGAAGCCUCUGCAAAAUAUACAUUUAUUUAGAUAUAUAUAUAUAUACAUAUAUAUAUAUAUAAAGCAUUGGGAGGGCUGAAGAACAAACAUCAAGUUUUGGUUAAUUUCAGUACAAUGUUGUAACAGACAUUGCCUAGACAAAAUUUUUUGAGACAAAUACAUGAUAUUUUAAAUAAUGUAAUACAUCAUCACAGUAACAAGACAAAUAUGCUUCGUGUUGUCAGAUUUUUAAUAUUUAAAUACCAGGUAAUUGAUUGUCUGUAAGUUACAGAAGGAUAAAAGAAACCGUAAUGACGUUUAUACCUGAAUUUCAGCACAUUUUUGUCAAUUGCACGCCGACGAUACCAUCAUUUAUCAAUGUUCGAAUUAUUUCAAGCGUGGUAGGUAAUAUGCAUAUAAAGUGGGGAAAACAAUUGCCACCUUUUUAAGAUUAUUUACAGAAAUGAUAUGAGGCUGAACUUAUUAACGUUGGCGUAGCGAAAUAUUGAUGGAUAAAAUUACUAUUUUUCAAUUUUGUAGUGACUGUAGUAGCUAAGUUAGAAGAUUUCAAUUAUAACUUUUUCCCUAUAAAAUGACGAAAUAACUGGUUUUCCGAAACGUGAAUAGUUACAAUAACGUUACUAAAUUCGGCCUCAUGAAAUGACAAACACUUGGGUGUGUUCUUCCUCAUUCUAGAUCUAAUAAUAAGCUGUACUAAUUUUAGAAUUUCUCAUCUAACAGCCAAUCAAGGUUCAUUUUAAAACAGAGUAUUUAAUCUCAAUGUAUUACAAUAAUAAAACAUGUAAGACUCAAAUUUCAGUCAAUACACAUCAGAUUACAAUAAUCAGAAACGUGUACAUACUUGUAUUGGGAUUUACGAAUGUAAUUCCAUCAGCCACACCGUACUUGAAUUACAAAUUCAAAAAAGUAGCACAGCAUUUUGACUUGACACUGACACACGAUUGACAACGAUCGGAUCUUUUACCCACUUUAUGUCCAUAUUAAAAUAUCAUACUUGGACGAGGAUCACGAGUUAUCUCUAUCUUACUUUCGUAUUAUUGUAAAUCUAUAAAGCCAUUUAGAUUUAAGAACGCAUGUAUUUCUGCGAAUGCAGUUGCUUUGCUGUACUGUCAUAAAUACAAGGAACUGUGUACAUGCGAAAGUAAUCGAUCUACCGUCACUCGUUAUUUACGUCUUUCUGUCUUAGAACGUCUUCCUCACCGCAUGUCUCCACAUAUCGAUUAGAAUUUGUACAAAAUCUACAAUUCCGUUUCAGAUGCACAUUAUAUCAGUUGAAGUUGAAUAAUUUGAACAUUCUACCAGUCAAGAAUGAUUGGCAUAUCAGUGUAAUAUUCGAUGAAAACCCAAGAACUGCCAUGUAACUCUAACCUGUGAUCAAGAAACUUUCAUAUUUGCCGAAAAUGAGUAUAGACGUGCGCUGUGCUUUCCUAAAACUAAGUUGACAGCGCAAGGAAGUGGAAGAGGUAGGUGGAUUUUUUUUUUUAAACUGUUCGUAUUAUGUAUAAAAUAUGUUUUAUUACAGAACACAGUAAUGACAUAGAUACAGGCUUAUACGAGUAAAAUUUACAUGAUUAAAUUACGUAACAUCAAUGUUCUAUGAUUUAGAUUAAUAUUACGUUAUUGUUAGAAUGACGUAUGAAUAGAAGAAUACUCGUGAUCGUUAAAUCAUAAAUUAAAUGCACAAAUGAUAUGAGAGUAUGCGAUGGUACGGGUUGAGUUUCGUACCGGAUGAUAACGUAGUCCUCUACUCCACUUUUCCGAGUUCAAAUAAGCUAGGCAGUUUCCGCGCUCUGAUAUCUUUUGACUUAUCUGACUGGACUGUUUGCGCAAUGAUUGCGCUAAGAUUAUCCUAUUCAGUCAACAACCGAGUAUUUAUUCUCAAAUAAUGAACUUCACCUAAGUUACAAUUUCUUUCGCUGUUUUUUCUUUUUUUUUUACCUAACAAUGUUUCCGGCUUUAACGUGAAAUGAUAAAAUAAUUUCAUUUCGACACGUGGGAAUAACGGAAUUGGACCAAGCAAAAUAUUUUCAUUGGGAAAUUUGCAAUCGACCUCGUAGUAUAAAAGUAAUGAUAAAAAAUCUUCGAGUUUGUAUAUCUGUAAAUAUUUCAAAAUUUUAUUGGCACCAGGACUUCAAACCUUAAGUUUGCGGUGAACGGUACACCUAAGAUUCUAAGAUCGACAGUCGCGAAAUCGUAUCCCUGUAACGUUUAAUCAAGUCAAAAGUAACAGCUGUACAGGCUGAAGGAUUUAAUACUACAACGAUAAACUGGACGUUCAUCCUGCAACGGAUGACAGUCUGAGUGAUAAAAAAACAAUUCGGUCGUAUCAUGAGUUAUCUCGUAUUCGUGAAUCUUCUAUCAAUGACUUAAAAUUAUAGAGGAAA